CCUGGUCUUCUGCAGGAAACUGCACGAUGACAUUUGCAUUAAAUUGCAACACGCUGCAUUUAUCAACAAUUGGUUAGAGGCUGAACUUUCCCGCAAGAGAGUGGUAGAAGUUUAUAAUACGAUAUUCACAGGGACGUGCUCCAGAUCUCAGCUGUCGUGCUCUUCAGUUUAACCUCUUUGGCAAGAAGUCAGCUGCUGGCUUCACAAUGAGCUCCAUUUCUAGACCAAUUACUGAAUUUUGCCUUGAUCUCUAUCAUAAAUUCAACAAAACAGAAGAAGGCCAAAACAUCCUCUUCUCUCCAACAAGCAUCUCUGUCGCCCUUGCCCUGAUCCAUCUGGGGACAAGAAACAACACUGCCGCUCAGAUAGAAAAAGUGCUCCACUUCAGCAAUGCUGCGGGAAGAACGAGCCUUGGAUCUGAGCCUCAGAGUGCAGUCCCAGAAAACAAGCCAAAACGAAGCCAGGAAAGACGGUCUUCCCUCUCCUCCCAGUGUAACACAGACGGGAAUCUUAACCACGAAGCUUUCCAUGCACUGCUUCUACAACUACAAAGCCUUGGCAAAAACUAUGUGCUAAACCUGGCCAGCAAUCUCUUUCUACAAGAAGAUUUUGAACUGAAGCAGGAAUAUCUAAUGUGCAGCAAGAAAUUGUAUGGAGCAGAUCUGCAAACAGUGGACUUUCGAAUGCAUCUUGAAGCAGCCAUACUAAAAAUUAAUGCUUGGGUUGAAAAUAAGACACAAGGUAAAAUCAAGGAACUCUUUGCUUCUGGAAUGAUUGAUGUGGAUGCAGUUCUGGUGCUGGUGAAUGUAAUCUACUUCAAAGCGUCCUGGGAACACAAGUUUGAAGGAAAAAAUACAGUUCAGAGAGAUUUUAAACUAAAUCAGAAUGAGAGCAAGCCUGUGCAGAUGAUGUAUCAGAAAGGCACGUUUAAAUUAGGUUAUAUCGAGGAGCUGGGAACUCAGGUGCUUGAACUGCCUUACGCUCAGAAGUCACUGAGUAUGAUCAUCCUGCUGCCAGGAGACAUGGCUGAUGGAUCUGCUGGUGGGCUGGAACAGAUUGAAAGCGCAAUGACCUACGAAAAUUUAAUGCUGUGGUCUUCUUCAGAGCAUAUGUUUGAGACAACAGUGGAGGUGUACCUUCCCCGUUUCAAGCUCGAAGGCACCUUUAACCUCAAUGAUGUAUUAAAAGCGAUGGGAAUGACUGACAUCUUCAAUGAAAAAGCUGAUCUUUCUGCAUUGUCACCUGUGAAAUCUCUGGUGCUGUCAAAUGUUGUCCACAAGACGUAUGUGGAAGUCAAUGAGGAAGGCACCGUAGCAGCUGCUGCUACAGGAGCGGUCAUUGUGAGGAGGUCUCUUCCCCUCACAGAGGUGUUUAUGGCUGACCACCCUUUCUUAUUCUUUAUUAGGCACAAUCCCACCAACACUAUUCUUUUCUUUGGUAAACUCUGCUCACCUUAAAAUCAGGACCUUUUUCUAACAUCGCAAGAGACACCUGGAUGAAAAUCAGAAAUACUGUUUUUUCCCCAAUGUGUUCUUAAUCCUCUGACAGCUAGCUUGUAUUUCAAAGUAAUUACUGCAACCAGUCCAGUUUAUCUUACAGCUGUCAACUGGCUGCUCUGCUGCUACUCUUAAUGAAUGGCAAAUAUUGAUCUGAAUCCAGAGGCGGAGUAAAUUUUCCCUUAACCUCACUGGAUAUCACGAACAAUUUGUUUCCUCAAAGUCCAUAUAUGCUCCUGUAUGCAUUAGAGUUCUCCAGCACAGCCAUGUGGUGUAGUACAGCACCUGCCUGGCAAAGGUGGGAUUGGUAUGCUGUUGCCUGAGAAUUGUUUGUAACGAUUAUCAGUAACUGCCAUUAAAAACAGAGUAGCCUUGCUCUAUAUUUUUUAAUUCCUGUCCUGGUGGGUCCUUGUGAGCAGAGAGGUGCUUUGAAGAUGCUUUUUUCUUACCUACACACUGUGGUGAAUCCUUUGCACAAUGGAGAUCUCACUUUGAUAACUACCUUUCCACAACAGUCACAAACAACUAAGAGAUACUUAUUUACAACAAAUAUACAUAUUUACUGAUAACUGUACCACUUUCUCCCCUGUGAUGUAUGCUGGAUCUAUCUUUGUGCUAUUCUGUGCUAUAUAAAAAUGUCAUGCUAGAAGCA